GUGAAUUGGCGUUACUUUUGCAUAAAUUGUGGAAUUGAAUUCGUUUCGCUUUGUAAAUGUUACUACCGUAACAAUACAAAAUGAUUCAUUUUAAAGACAAUAAAAACAAGUCCGCGCUAAGUACAAGAUGGGCUCAAAUGUCCAAACAGGAACAAAUCAUCGAGAAAAAGAAAAUGGAGAUUCAAGCCAAACUGGAAGCUCAAAAAAACGCAGCUGCUCUUGCGGCUCAAGCUAAGCUUUCUAACCCAGCUUCAUCAGAUGAUUCAGGCUCCAAGAACAUCUUUUCUAAUGAUGGUAGUUUCAUGAGCCAAUACAAGGCACUACUUGAAAAGCAAAGUAAAGAAAAACAAGAAAAAGAGGAAAAAGAAAAACAAGAGAGACAAGAGAAGAAUGAGGAACUUCAGAGAAAGAAGAAUGAGGCUAAACAGAAGUCAGAGCAGUCUUCUCAAGAAGUAGAUUAUGACUCGGAUCAAAAUUUUUCCAAUGAUAGACAAGAUCAUCAAGAAGGCAGGCAUAGGGAGAGGAAUCGUCGUUGGGACAGAAGUAGAAAUAGAGGCCAUAGUCCUUUCACACCAACAGUGGAGGACAGAAAACCUCAUGACACCAACCACAUUCCAUCCCUGAUGCAACUCUCUGUUAAACCUCCCGAUAGAUCUCCCAACCGGUCCCGAUGGAACAGGGAUGAUUCUGAUUCCAAUGAUGACUACGAAAGAAAGACCAAGCAAGAAUUUGAUUCUGAUUCUACCCAUGCUCCCGAUAAUAUUAAUUCCCAACCUGGUCCUGAUUUUAUGAGUGGUCCUAUGGGACCCAGACCUAUGGGUCCGGGACUAAUGGGCCCAGGACCUAUGGGAGGCCACGGUCCAAUGGGUCCAGGACCUAUGGGAUAUAGUCCCGGCCCAAUGGGUCGUGGCCAAAUGGGACAUAUGCCCAUGGGCCCUAGACCAAUGGGACCCGGCCCGAUGGGCCCUGGCCCAAUGGGAGCUGGUCCUAUGGGACCGGGUCCAAUGGGGCAUGGACCAAUGGGUCCCAGACCAAUGGGUCCAGGUCCUAUGAGACCAGGUUCAAUGGGCCCAGGCCAAAUGGGACACUCUUCAGGCAUGAUGCCUCCUGGUACUUCAAACAAUAAUGCAGGUCCUGGGCAAAAUGUAGGCAAUAACAUGUCCCAAAAUAUGGGACCAACUAAUUCUAAUAUGCCUGGUAAUUCGAACAAUCCCAAUAUGCCCCAACAUAAUAUGGGACCAGGAAAUUCUAAUAUGCCCCCGAACAUGGGCCAAGGAAAUUCUAAUAUGCCCCCAAACAUGGGCCCAGGAAAUCUAAACAGGCCUCAAAGUAUGGGCCCUGGGAAUCCUAAUAUGCCCCCGAACAUGGGUCCUGGUAAUUCUAGUAUGCCACCAAUGCCCUUCAUGGGUGGGCCGCCAAACUUUCCAAUGCCACCGAAUUUUAUGGGCCCCAAUGGACCCCGUGGUCCUUGCGGACCAAUGCCGCCGAACAUGUGCGGUCCUAACUUCCGUGGUCCUAGACCGAAUGGUCCAAUGCCUCCAUUUUUCCCUCCCAAUGGUCCUCCAAAUUCUAUGAUGCCACCAAACAUGAAUAAUGAUCAACGAUUUAUGGGUCCGCAGCCACCUUUCGGUCCUAAUGGUCCUAACUUUGGACCGAACAGGCCCAACUUUGGACCGAACGGGCCAAACUUCGGGCCAAAUGGGCCAAACUUUGGACCUAAUAAUAUGGGCAACAUGCAAUUUAUGCCUCCCAACUCGAUGCCUAUGCCUCCACCUGGUAAUGAACAAAAUUUGGAUUCAAUGAAACAUUCUUCCAUGCGGCCAAAUGAACACGAAAACAAGAAAGCGGACGUGAGACAAAAUGCUGACUCGUGGUGUGCAGUUCUUUCUGCAGAUACGUUCCAGUCCAUCCACCGAGCAGCCAGCGAAGUAGCCUCCAAUGGUGACCACUGGGAAAGUGUUCUGAAAGCAAUGAAUUCACAAGACCAAUCUUUGUGGUUCCUCCAUAAUACAAACUCCAAUGAGUAUGAGAUGUAUCGGGACCUAGUGAGUAAAAUAAGAAAUGAGAAACAAAUAAAGAAGGAAGAAAUUAACCCGGAAGACAAAUAUGAGCCAGAAUUUUCGUUAGAGGAUGAUGAUAGUAAUGAUAAACCAUAUAAAGAUGAUAAUAGCAACAGCUACCAGCAAACUCAGUUCAACUUAAAGAGAGAGGCAAGCUCGCAAAGUGAUGAGGAGACUGAGACUAAACGAGAGAGACGGAAGAAGAGAAAAUCCAGGUGGGGAGACGACCCACCAGUAGACAUCAAACCCCCUGGCAUAAUACCACCACCACCUUUACCAGCAAUUCCAGGUGUGCAACUUGCGAAGAUAGACCAAGAAGGCAUCAAACUGAGCACAUUGAACCGUAACAAUCAGGCGCUGAUGCAGUAUGCCCUCACCAACUACGGCACAACCAACCUCAGUGCGGAGGACUGGCAGAAGUGUGAGGAUAACUUCAAACUCAAUUUGUUGUUUCAGGACAUGCUGAAGAAGCGCCAGGAGGUGGAGCGUCUGGCGGCGGCCGGCAAACACAAGUACGAGUACGACAGCGACGAGGACACGGCCGAGGGCACGUGGGAGCACAAAUUGCGAGCUAAGGAGAUGAACGCGACGGAGAAGUGGGCGGACGAGCUGACGAAGCAGGCGGCCGGUAAACAUCAUAUCGGUGACUUCUUACCGCCAGAGGAACUCAAAAAAUUUAUGGAGAAAUAUUCAGCGGUAAAAGGCGGCAAAGAACCGGACCUGAGCGACUACAAAGAGUACAAACUGAGAGAGGAUAAUGUUGGUUUCAAAAUGCUGCAAAAGCUGGGAUGGAACGAAGGACAGGGCUUAGGGGUGGAAGGAACGGGUAUUGUUGAACCCAUUAACAAAGCCAACCAGCCCGUAGCCAAUAUGGGUUUAGGAGCGAAAGCAGACAUCGUGUCUUCAGAAGACGAUGAGUUCGACGCGUACCGGAAACGGAUGAUGCUCGCGUACAGGUUCAACCGUCUCCUCCGGGCGUCAGUGGCCCGCCACUGGUCGUACUUCCGCCGCGACCGCCCCGGCCUCAUACCUCGGGGGCGGUCGGUCUCCGAUGCCGAUAUAUCCUCCAUCGUCGAUGCUGAUUUUAGAUAUCUGGAGCUGCCGGUGCCUCAGAGGCGCUCCCGGCGCUCCUACCCCGUCUGCAACAGCGCCACCGACCCAGCUAUCACAUUAACGUCGGCGGGCGGGUCGAGCAGCGCGGUCGGCGCGGAGGAGGCGAGCGACGGUAGUGACGCCGAGCGCUCCCGGCGGCACCACCUCAGGGUCCCCACACUAAGUCAUUCCGGGCAGUCGACUGGGAACUUUGCGUCGAGCGCGGCGGGUGGCGGGUGCGGGGCCCCGCGCUCCGCCCCCGCCACCCCGCUGCAACUCGAGCCGCAUCCACGCUCCAAGCACGACAAGCAUGCAGUCAAGCCGCUGUCGGGCUCAGCGCCGUCGGUGCGCUCGCCCGAGGCCGACACGAAGCUGCCCAGCAAGUCGCGGCAGAAGAAGUUCCAGAGGCACUUCCCGCAGGUCGGACCCGAGGAACGAGUACUCAAUUAUUACUCAUGCGCACUAGUGGGGGAUCUGCUGCUGCAGGGCCACCUGUACAUCACCAAAAACUACUUCGCAUUCUACUCCAACGUCUUCGGAUAUGUCACCAAGUUGCUCAUCCCCACGACGUCCGUGUUGCGGAUCACCAAGGAGAAGGUGGCUCGUAUCAUCCCCAACGCGGUGGGCGUGUGCACGCGUGACGAGCGACACGUGUUCGGCUCGCUGCUGUCGCGCGACUCCACCUACAAGCUCAUGAUGGCGGUGUGGAAGUCCACGCGCGCGCCCGAGCUCGCCGUGCCCAAGCCCCAGGAGCUGCGUACAUCUGAGGUGGAGGCGUCGGAGUACUCCGCCGGCGACGACAGCAGCAGCGGCGGCGCCGAUCAUGUCGACGGCGCGCCCAGACCGGAACCUGAGGCCAUCAUUGCCGCUGCGGGCGCCGCAGUGAUCCAGCCAGCGCUGCUGACGGGCGGCGGACGUCCGCGGCGGCCGCGCUCGAGCACGGCGCUGUCGCUGCUGGCCGCGCUGCUCGCCUGCUCCGCGCUCUACCUCGCCGCCGAACUGUACCGCGCCGCCGACACACAGGAGGAGCUAUCAGGCGAGGAGUUAUAUGGGGAGCUGGCGCGGUGGCGGUCGCGGUUGCACGGCCGAGCCACGCACGAGCUGCGCACAUUCCUCACAACUAACCUCAUGUUGCUCACUAAGGUGAGACAAUCACUGGAGGCGCUAUCGGGAGUGAUAUUAGCGGACAUGGCGGUCGGCAACAACGACGUGCCGGAAUCGGGGCCCAGUUAGCGCACACACACGCCGCGCGUAGUACCGUGAUGAUCCGGAAUGUUCCAGAACGUUAUGUGAUGAUCCGGAAUAUUCCAGAACGUUCCGUGAUGAUCCGGAAAAUUCCACGAUGUUUCGUGAUGUUUUGUGAUGUUCGAUAAUGUUCCAGGAUGUUUCGUGAUAAUCCUGAAUGUUCCAGGAUGUUCCGUGAUGUUUUGGAAUAUUCUAGAAUGUGACGUGAUGUUCCAGAGUAUUCUGGACUGUUCCUUGGAUUGUUCCGUGAUGUUCCAGAAUAUACCAGAAUGUUACCCGACAUUCCAGAAUAUUCUAGAGCUAUUACCUACUGUUUGGAAUAUUCCAUAAUUGUUACGAUACUCUAGAAUAUUCCAGUGUUACACGAUGUCACAGAAUAUUCCAGAACGAGUCGUAAUGUUCCAGAAUUUGGCAUGUUCUGGAAUAUUCCAUAAUGUUCCAGAAGUGAUAUGAACGAUUUAGUCCUAAAGUCUUACGAUCAAUUGAUCUACCGUUAUGUAGGUGUUUAGCGAAUUUUCAUUUAGAAUGAAUUUAUUUUAGAUACAAGCGAUUCGAUUAUGUUGACAAUUCAACACAAUAUUAUUAACUUUGUUUACAAAGUUACCAUUAAAAUCACCACAUUUAAAUUUCAAUUUUUGAUUUUUUUUUUGUAUUCAGUUCUCUGUUGAGCGUUCUGUGAUUGUUUUGUUAUGUUAAGUAGGAAAUGUUUAGAGUUAACCCAAAGAUGUGAGUGUAAAUAGCUGUAUGUAAGGCGAGUAAGUGUCAAACACGAUAUCUCAAGAACCGAAACGGUUAAAAAGUAACCGAUUAGUUUACCCGACUUGACCGCUGAUUUGUAUAUGUAGGUAAUAUCACAUUCACAAUUUCGUAUGUAAAGUAGGUAGUAAGUUUUGAAGAAUUUUGGAAAGAUGAUUUCUGUAUAUUAAUCUUGCUCUCUUUUUUGAAGAUCAAAUAUUUUUUUUGAUAUGAAAUUGUGAAUGUGACGGUGACGGUGCUGUAAAACAUUCCGUAACAUUUUAUUUUAAGGCCAAUUUUAUCAGUGAUUUUUAGCAAUUCCAAAAUCGUACUUUACCAAAUCCCACCAGUUUGCUAAAGAUGCAUUUGAAUAAUAUUUAAAAAAUCCGCGAUGAUUAUUGGCUCUAAAAGAAUGUUAAAUGAGAAAGACCAAUAUCUUGCCAGUGUGAUGUAUGACGACGGAUUUAAUUUACAAAGGCUAAGAAUGUAACUUCCUUGAAUGUAAAAGGCCAACUGUAACAGGCCUGUUAGGGCUAGGUGUAACGGGCCUGUAAUGCCAAUAAUAAGUUACUAUUUAAGCCGAACAGGCCGAAAGGCCAACUAUAGCAGGCCGUAAAGGCCAUCUGUAACAGGGGAAACGACGUGUAAUUUAGGCUAUAAAAUUCAGUGCUCGUAAAGGGAAAUAUUUUGUAGCCUUUACUCGUUACGUCGAUCGUAAUAUGUAUCUAGUAUUUAUUCUGUUAUCGCUGUAUCGUUUUAUAACACUUAAUGCCUGUUAAUAUUUUCAUAAUUUAUUGUUCUAGUCUUUAGUAAAGCUCAAUACAUAUUUUGGUACUUAUUACAUUGUACGUUCGUUUCAUAUGGGCUUGUGAACUAUUUAUACCAAAUAUUUGUAUAAUAUGUAUAUUGUAUAUAAUUAUUUAUUUUUUGGCCUUAAAGGCUAACCGUAACAAUCGUAUUAAAACGGGCCUCACUAGUAAAUACAUUGGGUUGUUUUUAGUUUUUGUAUACUCAAGGUGUAUUUAUUUUUAAUGAUUUCAUAGUUUUCACUUUAAGUAAUAGAUGCAUUUUGGAUUUUACUUUUCUUGUUAGAUGUUUUUUUUCUAGCUAAAGUGUUUACCCUAAUAUUAUUUACUUACUGAAUAUUAUGGACAUGAUGUGUUAAAAAUACUUAUGAAAACUGUGAAAAUAUUUUCUUAUUGUUCUUAAAGUAUUUUUAUCUGGAGUGUAUAUUGGUUGGUUAUUUUACUUUAAUAUGUAAACUUCUACAUUCAUUUAUGAGUUUCUGUAAAAAACGAAUCAACGUUUUCGGUACAUUUUCACACCAGUACAUGUUAGUAAUAAAUAUUGCCAAAGAAAAGCUAGGCUAGUUCGUUUAGGUAGGGUACGUUCGGUUAUUGGUAAUUACGUUGUUAUAACCCUGGGCGAAAUCUAGCUGCAUUUUAUCCCUAGUCUUAGGUUCACAGAGUAUAUUGUACAAAACUUGUAAUUAUGCCUUAUGGUUGGGUAGGGGAAGAGGGGAUUUUGGGAGUUGCUCCAGCGUAUAGGCUACCGACAUGUGUCUAGUUAUCAUGGUAUAGAAAUCAGAUUUCUCAUGUGGUG